AUGUCCUUGACAAGUAUAACAGAGCUAAACAAUAUGGAAACACAAGGAUCUUUACCUUGUCAAUCACCGGGUCAAUGCUGCUCCAUGAUGCCCAUCGAAGUCGGAAGCAAGCUAAUUGAAAGUGGAGAGUAUGAAAAGGCCAUGUCGGGUCAAUGUUGUCCCAUGAUGCUCCUCGAAGUCGGAAGCAAGCUGAUCGACAGUGGAGAGUAUGAAAAGGCAAUGUCCUUGCUUGAUCGCUCAUUUCACAUUGUGACUUCACCAUCAUCGAAUGGAGAAAGAAGUGGUCUUGAUCUACCACCCCUGAUGGAAUGGGGAAUUAAGACUCAAAGCAUGAACAACGAAAGUACAGAAGCAUCAAGCAACUUAAGCACAAGCCAACCGAUUGACAUGUAUCUGGAAGAUGUUGAGGAUGUGGGUCCAAGAAUGUUCCGCAAAGCCAUCGUGGUGUCUGGUACUAUGGAUAUGGCCCUUCUACAACUUGUGAUCUGUUACAACAAGGCUAUCAUCUACCAUGCUACAAAGGACCUCCUAACUGCUUCUAACUUUUAUGAAUUGAUUCUCUCAAGAUUCAACCUCGUAUGCAACACUCCAGGGUUCUGCCUUCCUCCAGACUAUCUUCACCUUGCCAUGUGCGUCUGCAACAACCUCGGCCAGAUCUGCUACGAGCAAAGAGUCGAGUGCAUGGCUAUCUCACACUUUGAGACCGCACUGCAACUUGGUCGCACUAUCCUCGCUUCCGAUUCAGCCAACGCAGGCUACAACUUGGACUUUUCAGAUGUAUUGUCCAACUGGUGCCGAAGCAAGUACAUGGAUGCUGAUGUCUGCAUUGAUGUGUACGCAGCGCUGGAAGAAAUCACAAGCAUUCGAACGGCCCUACUGAGUUGGGAUCACGUGGAUAUCGCUGCUGCCCACUUCAAUUUGGGAGUAGCCGAGUAUCUCCGCAAGAACAAUUCCAAGUCCAUGUCGCAUCUGCUCUACUACCUCAAGAUUGCUUCACAUCAUGCCAGCAAUGGUAUUGAAUCCGGCCUCGAUCCACUUGCAGGACUGAUUUAUCUAUUGCUCAUCAAGAAUGAUGAAAAAGAUGAUAAAUUGUCCAGAGACUUGGUAUGGGGACUUCGUUCUCUUCAAGAAAAGCGAAGUGAAGUCGGCCCACGGCACUACGAAGUGGCAGCUGUUCUGAACUACAUCGGAACCCUUCUCUUCCAUGCGAAAGAAUUGGAACACGCUCUGCUGUUUUUGCAAGAAGAGCUCCAGGUUGAACAACACUUUGCCCACCCUUCAGACCACUUUGGCGUCAGCGUGACCUGCAACAACAUUGGACGAAUUCUUCAGGAACUUGGAAGAUACCCCCAAGCUAUCCACUACUACUGCAAUGCGCUAGCGCAUGAGUUCGACUUUGAUGAAGAUGCUGAGGACGCUUCCAUGACCAGCUACAAGACUAUGAACGAGAAUCCUACGGCAAUGAAUCUUUAUUCGACCGUCUGGUACAAUCUGGGCCUCAUUCAUGACAAGAUGGGUGCUUGCAAGAAGGCCAUCAAGGCAUUUCAAAUGGCGCUUCAACUUCGCCGCAAUAUGUUGGGACCUGAUCAUGCUGAUAUUGCCUGUCUGGUGUACAACAUCGGUGUCCUACAAAUGGAACAACAAAUGCUUAAGGACGCUUCGGUGUCUUUCCGAGAAGCCUUGCGAAUCCGAAGCAUUGCUUCGUCUGGUCAACUCAACGAUCGCCAUGUUGUUACCACAAUGCAAAAACUUGCUUCCAUGCAAAAGUCCAGGGGAAACAUCUACGGAGCUUUGGAGACAUGCCAAGAAGUCGUCCAAGUUUUAAAAGAGAGCAGUGAAUUCGAAGGAUGCGCGAGAGGCAAGUUUUUGGGAGCCAUCUACCGCGAUAUUGCUGAACUUCACCAUGCCCUCGGAAACCUGAACGUUGCCUUGGUCAAUGCUUGCAAAAGCGUUGAAGCGUUGCGGUCAAGUUUUGAUGACGAAUCGACUACUCCUGGAGAGUUCUCUUCCCAGGUGGAAGAAAGCGCAACCUCCCUUCUCCUUGUUGGAAGCCUCCACCAUGAGCUCUCUGAACCCAUGAAAGCUCAAGAAUGUUUUGUUCAAGCUGUAAAUAUCAUCCAAGACAAUUCAACCAACGUAUCUCCAGCGCUAGCGCCUCUUCUUGAGGUAAGCCUGUUGCUACGAUCCAAUCAAUGUGCUGCAAAAGCAUAG